AUGCUAUCCACCAAUUUCCUUUUGGCGUCGGCUGCCGCCCUCACCCUCUCCGGUCUAGCCAAUGCCCAAACAAACAUCACCGAGAAAGAUUGCGCCUCCACAUCCGAAUACUCAAAGUGUAACAGGGAUGUUGCAGACAAGUGGAGCUCCUGCAUCAAGGACUGCAGAGGAGAUGGUAACUGUAUCGUGGACUGCGGCUGUGAAUCCCACCAGAAAUAUAUCAACUGUAUGGCCGAGUCAUGCUGGAACCAGGUCUAUUCCUGUAAAUACCAGCUCUUCGUACAGCAAUACUUCGCCGUCUGCCCCAGCGCCAAAGAACCAAUCCCAUUCUGGCCAGCCCCCAACAACGCCCCAAACCGCUGUUCCUGCGAUCUAGCCAAAAUCACCCAAAGAACCCUCUCCUCCCGAAACGAACAAAUAAAAUGCAUGAACAACGUCACCAACAACAUCAGCGACGACAUCAGCAAAGGCCCUGACCUAUCGAACCUCAGCAACGGUUUGGACAUCGCCAACCGCGCCUCCGACUGCGCCUGCUGUGGCGCCAGCGCCAGUAUCUCAGCACAUGUGGGGACUCUUCUUCCCCCCAACCUACCCAACCUCUACACCUCCCUCCCGAACUGGGCCUGGUCAUCCUGCGACGCGAACAUGAAGGACACGAAAUGUCAAGACCUCGGAUUCAAGGACGCAGGCAAGUUCUACAAGCCGGGCGAGUUCCCGGAUAACGGUACCUCGACGCUGUAUAAUGUCGGCGGGACUGUUACCGCGCCGCCCAGCGGUACGGUGCUCACUUGGUCGCAGGCUUCGGCGACUUAUACCGUUACCGCGACGGGGUAUGACCGCGAGGCGGUGGUUAGCCAGGAUGAGUACCGGGCUACGGCUACGGGAACUGGGGCUUUUGCGACGCAGACUUCGGAGAGUGGGGGUGCGGGUGGGAGGGGGGUUGGUAUCGUUGGGGCUGUUGUUGGGGCGGCUUUUGCGGUUGUUAUGUUUUGA